AGGACCAUGAUAGAGGUCGGGUAGGCUGUUUGGAGUGUUUAUCCGACUGGAUAAAAUGUUUUAAAUAUAUGUCCCCCCACUUAUAAAACCAAAGAUGCUCCCCUGCCAAAAACGAUUUAGUUCAAUCAACCUAAGCUGAAUAGGAUGCGUCUAUCCAUGGUACUGAUUUCUGUGUGUGCUUGCAAAUAUAAAAUAAAAAUAACAUGUUGACUCACCCAACUUGUAGAGAAACGCUAAUGCCAUCCUCAUCUUUCAUGUUCCCUGAACGGUCUAUUAGUCAGUCAUACAGUACACACUUUUUUAGUUUUUGUUGUCUUAGUCUUCCUGGCUAAGAUAAAAAUGACUGUCACCACAAUUAUUAUUUUCUAUUUUAUUGUCAUAUAUUUCAUUAUAUUCUAGUAGUGUGUUCAGAAUUUCUUGCUCCUACUUAGCUAAAAAGAAUUAGCGGAUUAAAAUGUCACUAGCUUCCAUAAAGUGACCAUUGGACUGAAAUGUUUGACUAACCUUGUAGGUGCCACAGUUUUUAUUACAUUUAUAAUUUAUCAAUAUCACGUGCACAUUUCUGUCCAUUAAGAACCAACAAUGUGCUACCUUUUUUGUAGUAUUUCUGACAAUGCUAACUUAGAACUCUGAAAUUUGGCUGAAACUAUCUAACCUGGUCAGCAACUUGGAUGCUUGGCAGCAAUACAGCUGCUAUUAGCUAACGUUAGAUGCUUAAGCAGCUAGCCUCUGCAGCUAGGUAGCUAACACAAGUCAGCUGGAAGCUAGCUAGCUAGCUAACGAAAAGGCAAAGAAAGGUAGCUAACUAUAAUUGUGAACCAUUUAAGAUCUAGAGUUAUUACAGUCUCAUAGCAGUGGGUGGAGUGGCGUUUCGCAGGCGAUUCGUACGGCAGUUAUACAGGACAGUUGGUUGCUGUUUCUCAGGAGCAUGGUGGUGCAGUUACUGCUUUUUGGAGGGAGCAAGUCAUUCAGUGGAUGGUCAUCACCAGACGCACUGCAGCCUGCUCUGCAGUGAGGGGAGCUGUGGUUGGACUGCUUCACCUCUGGAGAUGAUCAAGGCCCUCCUCUGCACCCUGUCUAGUUGGGCCUGCUGCUUUUUACUGCAUCCAACUAACAGCACUCCACCGUAUUCCAGACAAAGACCAGUGUAUUAUAGACUGUGACCAGAUCUUCAGUGGCUAUGCCAUUUCUGGAAAGAACAGUCAAAAAGUGCAGGCCUUUUGAGGCCUUCCUCACUGACUGCUCCACGUGUCGCCACUGAGUUUCGAGUCUAACAGAAAACCAAGAUACUUAGGUGUUGUUACCACUGUUACUUCCUGUCCUAGGAUUAGUGGUGCAGGUUGUGGAUGGUCUCUAGAAAAACAUAUCCCAAUUUCCACAGACGUUUUCCCAUUCAGGAGCAUGUUGGAUGUGGCCCACUCUUCCAGCUGCUUUGCCUCAAAGCCCAUGGAAAUGUCCUCUUUGAUGCUGGUUAAUGGUAUGACUCGGGACAGCCCUACACUGUCUGCAUACCCAGUGUCCAGAGUGUCACUGAAGACAACUUUUUGGGUGGACAUGUGAAGGAGAAACAGAUAUGGUGAGGCCACGCCCCCUUGUGGCACAACAGAGAUCACCUCUGACCAAGGGCUAAAAGUGCCAUUUGCCAUCACCCUCUGCCUUCUUCCUGUGGUGUAGCUGUGGAGCCAGGCUAGUAACCAUCACCCUCUGCCUUCUUCCUGUGGUGUAGCUGUUGAGCCAGGCUAGUAACCUUGGACACAGUUCAAUGUUAGACAGAUGUUGCAGGAGCUUUGCGUGAUCUACUCGACCAAAGGCUUUGGACAUAUCAGCAAGUAACACCCUCACCUUGUUGGGUUUUUUUUGGAGUCUAGCAGUCAGCCAGGAGUGUGUGUCUUUCACAAGGGCGGUAGUAGUGCCAGACUUUGGUAGGUAGGCAGGCAUACUGAUUUGUGCACUCAGAUAAAACUGUUGGCAUGAGUUUUCUUUUAAUUAAGUUCUCCUGGAUUUUUCCAAGGCAUGACGUUAGAGAGAUGGACCUUCAGUCACUCGUUGUACAUGGGUUUGACACUUUAGGUAUAGGACAUUCUGAUCACAUCGACAGUGUUGAUGAGAUAAUCCACAGUGUUCUACCGAAGUGUUUUCUCAUUUGCCCGUGGUGGAUGGUAGAGUAUUCUCACGAACAGAGUUGAAACUGAGUUUGGGAGUCGUUUAGGACGGAGCCGACGCCACAUACACUCAAAUUCCUCUUUCUCUGGGUCAGUUCUUCUCUUUGCCUGCAUACUGUGGUUCACAUACAUAGCCACAUCCCCUCUCUGGACCUGUCAUUUCGGAACAGCUGAUAGUUAUAUAUGAAAAUAGAUUAAUCUGGGAUAUUUUCGUGGGCCCAAGUUUCAGUGACGCAUCCAAUGUCUGCAUUUACUGAUUUGAAGAAGCAGUUCAACUUCAUCCACUUUGUUUUUCAAUGAUCUUGGAUUACAAACAAGCACAUUCGGGGUCUCUGGGGCAUUCUGGGACGUCUUUGUGACGUCACGUAAUUCAGUUAGAAUUCUGCAUUCACGUGAGUGAUUGUGUUUUUGAUGUGUUUUAGGUCUGUUACCUUCUAUUGUCAGUAUUUUGCUCCCUCUGCCCUUACCAGCUGUAGUCCAUCUCACCCGGCUUUUUACGCGCAUUAUCCCGAAGCACUAAAGUUUGUCUCGGAUAUGCGGUGCCAGUGGAGGUGCAUGUUUUCGUCAAACCAUAGGAAAUGUGAUGAGUAUUCCACAACGUUUGUACAGUUCAUCGUUGUCAAAGUCAUGCUUAAUCCGUUAAAAGAGCAAGGAACAGUAUGCAGUGCGUCACAAAAAAUGAAAAAACAACACAAACAUUGUAAUACGUGUUACUCUCGGGCGGCUGCCUGGAAGCCCCACAGCAUUGAACUACAUCAGUUCAAAACAAAAUUGUCACACUGCUACCUUAGAGUGCAUGCAACGCAAUGGACUUCUGCAACGGUAGCUAGCUACUCCAUAGUCCAAGCUACAGACAGAGCUAUCCCGUCCCCCUCCACCAUACCGGAGUCCCCUGGUCACAACUCUCCUGGUAGUGCCUUACUGCUGGGUCUGAAGAGGGUGUCUGUGAGGCUGGUCGACUGCAGGAAAACACCAGGGAAGAGUGGAACUGUGAGAGAAGGACACGAGGAGGAGGGAGAUUUGAUUUCAUCAAGGGACACUCCUAACCGUCGUUCUCUCAGUGGCAGGUGCUUAUCAUCUGGGGAUUCUCAACCACAUGUUGCUGACGAGACAGAGAAGAGUCUUUCCAGAUCAGAACAUCUCAAGAAACAUCAGCAGAGAAGUACAGGGAAGAAACCUCACCACUGCUGUUCUGACUGUGGGAAGAGUUUCACAAGCCGGAGUGACUUCAUUAUUCACCAGCGGAUUCACACCGGAGAGAAACCAUACUGCUGCUCACAGUGUGGGAAGAGUUUCGCUGCUUCUAACACCUUAAAAUCUCAUCUGAGAAUUCAUACAGGAGAGAAACCUUACCCCUGCCUUGAUUGUGGGAAAAGCUUUUCGUAUUUGGGAGCCCUAAACAUACACAAGCUAACACACACUGGAGUGAAGCCUUAUAGCUGUGAUCAGUGUGGGAAAAGCUAUGCUGUAUCAGAAGCCCUAACUAUACACCAGUGCAUACACACAGGAGAGAAGUCUUAUAGCUGUGAUCAGUGUGGGAAGGGCUUCAGUCAAUCAGCGCCCCUAAAUUCACACCAACGAACACACACUGGAGAGAAACCUUAUAGCUGUGAUCAGUGUGGGAAGAACUUUGCUCUAGCUUCCUCCCUGACUAGACACCAUCGAACACACACUGGAGAGAGACCUUAUGUCUGUCUAUGUGGGAAGAGCUUUGCUCUAGCUUCCACCCUGACUACACACCAGCUAACACACACUGGAGAGAAGCCUUUUAGCUGUGAUCAGUGUGGGAAGAGCUUUGCUAUAGCUUCCUCCCUGACUAGACACCAUCGAACACACACUAGAGAGAAACCUUUUACCUGUGUUAAGUGUGGGAAGAGCUUCAGUCAAUCAGGACCCUAAAUUCACACCAGCGAACACACACUGGAGUGAAACCCUAUGUUUGUCUAUGUGGGAAGAGCUUUGCUUAUUUAGGGCAAAUGAAAAAACACCAGAAAACAAAAACGUGCUGUAUUUCCUCUCCCUCCUACCUGUCACCGGUCCCAGAUCCCUAAAUAAAGGAUCAGUAUAAAAAAUCUAGUGAACAGUCAUAUCCAUCUCCCAUUCUUAAACAGUUGAUUUAGUCUGAUCACCAUGGUAACCUCUGUGCAGCAUAAUAUGCAGCUCUGAUCUAGGAUCAGGUCUCCCCUGUGUCUAUGUAAUAUCACACAUUGAUCUAAAUGGACAAAUGUUAUAGAAAAUGUCAUAGUGAACCUGUGUGGGGGGGGGAUGUUGAUAAUUCUAUCGUCUUUCAUACAGUGCCUUGCAAAAGUAUUCAUCCCCUUGGCAUUUUUCCUAUUUUGUUGCAUUACAACCUGUAAUUUAAAUGGAUUUUUAUUUGGAUUUCAUGUAAUGGGCAUACACAAAAUAGUCAAAAUUGGUGAAGUGAAAUGAAAAACAUUACUUGUUAAAAAAAUUAUAAUAAAUAAAAAAUAUAAGUGGUGGGUGCAGAUGUAUUCACCCCCUUUGCUAUGAAGCCCCUAAAUAAGAUCU